AUGCAGAGAAAUCUUUGGUCUGAUUUUGAUCUUGAACCAACGGAUGUAUUCCUUGCUAAACUUUUACACAUAGAAAAUUUAUUUGAAAACGAAAAUUUACCAAUAAAUACAUUAGGUCAAUCUGAUGAUCGUCCACCUCAUUUACAAAAACGUGGCCGACAAUGUUUAUGGAAAGUAUGUAGUUGGGCACUUGACAAACGUUCACCGUCAUCAGAUCCUGGAAGUGGUUUAUAG